AUGUCGACUACAGCCCAACCACCAGAACCGCAUAUUCCUUCGGCAGGGCCAGCGGAAAAUGAAGAUGAGGUGACAGCGACGGCGACAUGCUUCUGUGGUGCUCCAACCCAAGGCCCUGGUUUAGUCAACACCUUUCUCUGCCAUUGUAAGGACUGCCACAAAAUAACCGCAUCGAUGUUCUCGUCCUGUUUUACAAUAGCCAAUAGCCAUCUGAAACAUAUUCGUGGGCGUGAGAAUCUAAGGACAUUCCAACGGUCACACACCAUCGCCUCAGGACAUACAGUGACGAAUAAUUUCUGUGCAACAUGCGGUUCGUUGAUGUACCGUGUUAGCUCGGGGCACCCAGGGAUAAGUGUCCUACGCAUCGGCACCGUAGACGAUUUCCAUUUGCAUGAGAGCAAGUUGAGACCUCAAGUCGAGGUGUUUACCCAGAGUCGGGUAUCUUGGCUCCAUAGUUUG